AUGCUAGCCCUGGCCCACGCGGAGUCUGCAGUUGUUGCCGCCCCGACAUCGGCCGGCAAGACGGUGGUUGGUGAGUUUGCGAUGGUGCAGGCACUUGACGGCGGCGGCUCAGUGAUUUUCUGCUCGCCGACCAAAGCCCUUAGCAACCAGAAGUUUCUUGACUUCUACAAGCUUUUCCCGCAGAAGGUGGGUCUGCUCACAGGAGACGUCUCAAUAUCGCGGCGAUCAAUGCUGUGCCACCACGCGGAUUUCGAGCGCGUGAAGACGGUGAUUUUUGAUGAGGUGCACUACAUUGGGGACACAGAGCGUGGAUCCGUGUGGGAGGAAGCAAUCAUCUUGCUCCCGGCACACGUCAACCUGUUGUGCUUGUCGGCAACAGUUCCCAACUGUUUGGAUUUGGCAGGCUGGAUCUGUCAAACUAGGCACUGCGUGUGCCACGCAGUUGUGAAGCAAUCAAGGCCUACGCCUCUGCGUGUCUAUGGGAUAGCAGAUAUCACAUGCUUGCUCGUGGACACCGAAAGCGGGACCUUCCUGGAAGACAAUUUUCAGAAGCUGCAUCCGGGGGAAAGGAGCGCAGAGGACAUUUUGCACGGCAUUGCGGCGAAUACGAGGUUGACACCUGCGUUGGCAUUUAUGUUCAGCAAGGUCGCCUGCCAAACAUUUGCAUUGGCCCUCGGAAAACGCUUCAAUCAAGCAGAGGUUGUGGCAAGUCUCAUCGCAGAGUACCACGGCGCAAGGACUUCAAGGCUAAAAGGUGCCAUCAAGUUCUGGGCUUCAAAAAAGAUCGCAAGGCUUUGUCCCAUUACAUCCCAUCUGCGGACGGACCAGGCGCAGCAGAUCUGCAGCUUGACAACGGAGGCUUUGCUCCACCUACCUGAGGAGGACCGUGGAUUGGAGCAGGCGACAAUGUGGGGUGGAUACGUGUGA